AUUAUACUAAAGCAUUAAAAAUUGGGUUCGAUAAUCCGAAUAAUCAGAGAGCGAAGAAAGAGUGAGUUGCAGUAAGAGUCUCCAAUCCAAUCCAUGUCGUUGCUGCUACUCCCUCAACCUCCGACACCCCUCUCAACGGUCACCUUCUCCGCCGCCGCACGCGCACCCUUCGCCGCCGUCACGCCUCCGCGCCCGAGAACGCUAACUCCGAAACCCGCACUCUCCCUCUCUGCCCCAAUAACAACAACAGCACCCAAUAAUGCAAUCCCUCCGAAGAAGGUCCUGGUUCCCAUCGGAUUGGGCACCGAAGAAAUGGAAGCCGUUAUCAUGAUUCACGUCCUGCGCCGCGCCGGCGCCGACGUCACCGUUGCCUCCGUGGAGCCGCAGCUCCAAGUAGAAGCCGCCGGAGGCACCAAACUGGUCGCCGAUACCGACAUUUCCGCGUGUUCCGAUCAAGUUUUCGAUCUCGUUGCUUUGCCCUGGCAGGGAGGGAUGCCUGGCUCUGCAAGACUACGGGAUUGCGAUGUGCUGCGGAAAAUCACGUGCAGACAAGCUGAGGAAAACAGGCUCUAUGGUGCUAUUUGUGCUGCUCCGGCUGUCACCCUUUUGCCAUGGGGGCUUUUGAAAAAAAAGAAGAUAACUUGCCACCCCGCAUUCUACGACAGGCUUCCAAGAUUUUGGGCCGUUAAAUCAAAUCUUCAGGUUUCCAGAGGACUCACAACCAGCCGGGGGCCUGGAACUACUUACCAGUUUGCUUUGUCCUUGGCGGAGCAGCUAUUUGGGGACUCUGUUGCCAAUGAGGUUGCAGAAUCGAUGUUUAUGAGAACAGAUGAUGAUCAUGCAGCUAAGGAGUUCAAUAAAGUUGAAUGGUCUGUUGGCCACCACACCCCUAGUGUCCUCGUACCAGUUGCACAUGGUUCCGAAGAGAUUGAAGUAGUGACUGUGGUAGAUAUUCUAAGGCGAGCAAAAGCUAAGGUCAUAGUUGCUUCAGUUGAAAAAUCUCUUGAAGUUUUGGCUUCUCAAGGAACCAAAAUUGUUGCUGAUAUAUUAAUUGGUGAUGCUCAAGAGUCAGCGCAUGAUCUGAUUAUUCUUCCAGGGGGAACUGCUGGUGCUCAAAGACUAAGCAAAUCUAGAAUUCUGAAGAAGCUUCUUAAAGAACAAAAUUCAGCUGAAAGGAUAUAUGGGGCAGUCUGCUCUUCACUUGCCAUUCUACAAAAACAAGGUUUACUAAAGGACAAGAGGGCCACAGCUCAUGCCUCCACCUUAGACAAGCUUAAAGACAAAGAAAUAAAUGGUGCUAAAGUAGUUAUUGAUGGCAAACUGAUCACUAGUGAGGGACUUGCCACUGUAACAGAUUUUGCAUUGGCCAUUGUGAGCAAGCUAUUUGGUAAUGGAAGAGCAAGAAGUGUAGCAGAAGGCCUUGUUUUUGAGUAUCCUAAGAAGUAGAGUGCAUGGUUUGAACUUUGAAGUGCAUGUUGGUAGGAGAAAAUUUUAUAACGAGUCCAAGAGAUGAGGGGUUUAUCAGUCUUUUCCAAGCCUAAAGCCUGACCAGCAGCUCCAUAUUAUCAUUAUGAUUUAUUUUGCCUCCAAUCACUUCGGAAAGGAUAAGUUGCAGUCUUCUAAUUCAAUAUCUUGGCAAAAUCUACCAACCUGAACUCAUGUGAUUAGCUCUGUAUCGAUUCAUAUCCCCUUUUGGCAUUCGUUUCACACACUUGGAUGGUAACAAUCAAUCUUCUGAGUUUGAUUUCUGGAGGGGAUGUCGACCUGGGAAUGCCAUUGCUAUUGACUGAGACGGGAACUUGAUGAUUUUCAUCAUUUAGAGAAUGGAUCCUCUCAUAGUUAACACACUGUAGACUCUAGUUAACAAUAGAUUGAACUUUCUAAUAUAAAAACCAAACUUCCCCUGAUAGGAUGUAAGAAAAUGUCCAAAACGCAAUAUGUCAUAAUGUAAUUAUAAUUAGCCAAAUAUCAUCUUGUAUCACAGAAUGCUUUCCAAAAAAAAAAUCAUGUCGAAUUUUUGUUGAAAAAAGGUGGUUUAGUCA